CACACAGUUUACAAUGCAUAUCACUUCCUUGUUGAUUCCACCAUGAUCAGCAAAGUCAAACUGUUCCUGCUAAACAUUUUAGUUAUAUCGUGGUUAGGUCAAAGUGCCGGUUCCGAGAGCUGUUUCGGACUGUUCUAUCAAACUUACUUUGACAGCUACUAUGGACUUUAUGGUAUAACCACCAGUUAUCGCCAUUUUUAUUUUUAUUAUAAUUCUUACUAUGGUUCCUCUGCUAAGUUCUGCCCAGAUCGUUGCUGUACGAUAACUGACGGGGCUACUUACUACUACUACUACUACAACAAUAGACUCUCAUAUUCCUAUAGGACCUGCUGUUAUAGUUACGUAGAUGUCACACUUUCCUACAAAUCAUCUGGAAAAUCAGCAAGCACCACAGGACUGAUCAUUGGGUGCACUAUAGGAGGGACGCUUUUUGCCGUGAUGGUAAUAUUUUCAUUGCUAGUGGCCCGUUGUAUGUACCGGGAAAGGAAAAGAAUCGACCCGACAUCAACAUCAAAAGAAUCAAAUCCAACUGACGAAUCUUUUGUUACCAUGGCGGACAGCCCAGAGGUCGGAACCAGUUUCACUAUCACUACUUCAUCCACGACGACAAAACCAGCAACCGAAAUCAUUAUUACAUAGUUAGACUACACCAUUCCCUUCUUGUGAGGUCUGAUAGCAUCGCCGAGAGAUGGCAUAGUACUCGAGCCGGAGUACUUUUAUCUAAAAUUUCACAGCUGCUAAUGGAUUGUUCAGUGGUCGUAUACAAAUACGACAUGCCAUUUUACUAUGUAACAAGUGUUUCUUACGAUGCUUAUGACAUAAAUGUGUUGCAUUGUAGGAAUAAUAUAGUCAUAGCUUCAGUAAGUCCUCGUUCUAAUCUAUGAGAGUUACUUCCCUUCAUUUGGCUUUGUCCGUAUAGUGGUAACAUACAUGUAACUGCCGACGUAGCCCGAGAAGGCUAGGUGCUGUACCCAACAUAUUUUAUCAGACUGUGGUCAUCAUGACUAGACCUGGUAUGACAUACAUUUGGAUGGUAUGCCCUAAGGCUGUUGAUAUCAUUGUACAUUUAAAAAAAACAUUACUCUAUGUGUACACUUUGAAAUCUUUUUCGGCAUAGCCGUCUAAUUUUGUUUUGGCCCCGGAUAUGACGCGACAAGUGGCGUUACUGGUCAAGAUGGAGUAUGUGAUUGGUCAAUGUAGC